ACAGCUCCGUGAUGUCAGCGGGUGCUGGCAGGGAGGGGGUCGGCUGUUUUUCUGGAGACUUAGAGCCGAGUAAGACAAAGCACAGCGCGGUCCCUGCAGGCGCCAUGGAACGACUGUCCUGUGUCUUGCUGUGGAAACUGGUGCUUCUUCAGAGCCCCGCUGUCCUUCUGUACUCAGGGCCCUCAGGUACCGCAGCAGCCAGCAGCUCUGUGGUGUCCGAGUCCGUGGUGAGCUGGGCAGCUGGGACCCAGGCGGUGCUGCGCUGCCAGAGCCCGCGCAUGGUGUGGACCCAAGACCGGCUGCACGACCGCCAGCGCGUGGUCCACUGGGACCUCAGCGGCGUCCCGGGCAGCCAAGGGCGCCGACUCGUGGAUAUGUACUCGGCGGGUGAACAGCGUGUGUACGAGCCGCACGACCACGGCCGCCUGCUGCUGUCGCCUUCUGCCUUCCACGACGGCAACUUCUCACUGCUCAUCCGUGCUGUGGAGGAGGGAGACGAAGGGGUGUAUACCUGCAACUUGCACCACCACUACUGUCACCUCUACGAGAGCUUGGCCGUGCGCCUCGAGGUCACCGACGAUCCCCUGUUAGCUCGCGCGUACUGGGACGGCGAGAAGGAAGUGAUGGUGGUGACCCGCGGCGCGCCGGCACUGCUGACUUGCGUGAACCGUGCGCACUUGUGGACGGACCGCCACUUAGAGGAGGCGCAGCAGGUGGUGCAUUGGGACCGACAGCUGCCUGGGGUGUCGCACGACCGAGCUGACCGCCUGCUUGACCUGUACGCAUCUGGCGAGCGCCGCGCCUACGGACCAUCCUUCCUGCGUGAUCGCGUGGCAGUAAACGCCGACGCUUUUGCACGCGGCGACUUCUCCCUACGCAUAGAUGCGCUCGAGCCGGCUGAUGAGGGCAUCUAUUCUUGCCACCUGCACCACCACUACUGCGGCCUGCACGAGCGCAGAGUCUUCCACCUACAGGUCACUGAGGCUGCCUUUGAGCCACCUGCUCCUGCCUCUCCCGGUAAUGGGUCUGGCCACAACACUGCUCCUAGCCCAGAUCCCACACUGGUAAGUAGAUCCCGAGGCCACAGCGUCAUCAACGUCAUUGUCCCAGAGAGCCACGCACACUUCUUCCAGCAAUUGGGCUAUGUGUUGGCCACCCUGCUGCUCUUCAUCUUGCUGCUCAUCACUGUAGUCUUGGCGACACGCCAUCGUCACCGCGGAGGAUGCGAGACCUCGGACAAAAAUGCUGGGAAAUCCAAGGGGAAGGAUGUGAACAUGAUGGAGUUUGCUGCGGCCACAAGGGACCAGGCCCCUUAUAGGACUGAGGACAUCCAGCUAGAUUACAAAAACAACAUCCUGAAGGAGAGGGCUGAGCUGGCCCACAGUCCCCUGCCUGCCAAGAAUGUGGAUCUGGAUAAAGAGUUCAGGAAGGAGUACUGCAAAUAAAAGGAUCCUGAGCUUCUGGCUGGGCCAGCAGCUCUAUACCAAAGGAUGUCUCCCUGACCCUCCUGUGGCACUCCCGGCUUCUUCUCAGCGGCUGGUCCCGCUUUCGUAGAAACUUGGCCUGAAUUUGGCCGAGCAGCUGCCUGCACUUUGUUCUUCCAAGAAUCACCCUCACCUUGGUGCACAACUGUGGGUUCCCUCGAGACGCUGGUAUAGUAUGGUUGCUGAUCACCCUCACCUUGGUGCGCAACUGUGGGUUUCCUGGAGACGCUGGUAUAGUAUGGUUGCUGAUCACCCUCACCUUGGUGAGCAACUGUGGGUUCCCUCGAGAUGCUGGUAUAGUAUGGUUGCUGCCUUUCAGUCACCUGUACUCCCAACUUUGACACAACGUCCGCUAAAUGCACAGUCUCUCGUGGCUUCUUCCUGCUAGGGUCAGGAAGACAUUUAGACUCCUAGUCACUGUUCAACAUGUUAACCAUUGUCUUGGGGAGCCCCUAGGAACUUUCUGGACUGCACUACGCCUAUGCAUCACUCAGAGCCCUGCUGUCACAUGUUCUGAGUCACGGGCCCUCCACUUGGAGCUGGCCCAUUGCCCCUGUUCUGCUUCAGAUCCCUUCCAAGAGUCUCACCAGCAGUUACUGAGUACCGUGUGGCUCUUGGGCUCCACAUCCCCCUUUGCUGGGGCUCUACUUGUCCUCUGCUUUGGAUGAAGAUGGGGGAGAAGGUUCCGAGUGGCCUGCGCUGCCACACCAAGCAGCGCCUACUGGGGAAGUUUUCAUGUCAUAAUAAAGAACACAUCUGAUUCUCA